UCGCCGGACUCGAGUUACGCGCUGCGUUUUUAGACGCGUCAAGUGUUAUAACGACAGCCGUCCGCAGCAGCAGCAGAUUCACAUGCACUGACCCAGACAUUUAAAACGCGUUCUUCUGGAUAGUUUGUGUCUAUUGAUUAUUCACAUUUACCUCAAGACGGUUCCAAGAAGUUCUGCCUGGAGCCGAAGGGACAGUCAACAUGCUAGGGAGGAAGAAGAAACCAGAGACAGUUCAGACUGAACCCAAAUCGCACGAGUCAAAAACCCACGAUCCGCUUCGGAGGCUUGGUGUGCUGGACGAUGAAGAUGUGCAGCUGAUGCUGCAGGGGUCAAAGAUGAUGAAGGUUCGAUCUCAGCGUUGGCGGAAAGACAGGAGCCUGAAGCUUCUGGAGGACUGUGUGACGGUGUGGUGUGAGUCCAGCAAAGCCUCCCGCAAAGGCAAAAGCCAGCAGACCUUCUGUGUGACGGAGGUGGAGUGUGUGCGGGAGGGCUGUCAGUCGGAGUGUCUGCGACGAAUGGCAGGUCUGGUUCCAGAGACCCACUGCUUCACUGUGGUCUUCCGCGGAGGAAGGAAAAGCCUGGAUCUGUGCUGCUCUACACAGGACGAAGCAGAGCGCUGGGUUCGAGGCCUCCGCACACUCAAAGACCGUGUUUCCAACAUGAGCCAGAAAGAAAAGCUGGACCAAUCCCGGAAGAAUCUGUUCAUGACCCAGAAUGGUUUCACCAUGCACAUGCUCUCGAAAGAGAAUGAUGUGUUUAACCCGGAUCACGCUCACGUGUAUCAGGACAUGAGCCGACCGCUGGCGCACUACUACAUCUCUUCUUCUCAUAAUACAUACCUCACCAAAGACCAGGUGACCAGCGCCAGCAGCACCGAGCCUUAUAUCAGAGCUCUGCAUCAGGGCUGUCGCUGUGUUGAGCUGGACUGCUGGGACGGUGAUAAAGGAGAGCCCAUGAUCUACCACGGACACACGCUCACCUCCAAAGUGCUCUUUAAAGAAGUCAUUGAGACCAUCGCUCAGUACGCCUUCAAGACAUCUCCGUAUCCUCUGAUCUUGUCCGUGGAGAAUCACUGCUCAGUGGAGCAGCAGGCGGUCAUGGCGCAGCAUCUUCGCUCUAUUCUGGGAAAGAAGCUCCUGAGAAAGCCGCUCAAUGACCUGCCCCUCAAAGACCUACCCUCACCUGAGGAGUUGAUGGGGCGGAUCCUGCUGAAGGGGAAGAAGUUAGGUGGUCUGCUGGGGAAGACUGAAAGCUGGACUAGCUUCUCAUGUAGCUCAGAUGAAGAGUCUACUGCUGGAGGGGGCGGGAACAAAAAGGAAUCUAAAAAAGAUCCUGGGAGGGCUGUGAGCACUAAACUGAGUCCAGAGCUGUCAGAUCUGGUGGUGUACUGUCAGAGUGUGCCCUUCAGUGGUUUCGAGACAGCCAGCCAGAGACCUCCUAGCAUGAUGUCCUCUUUCUCUGAGAAUGAGGCGCUCAAACUCAUCAAAGACUCAGGGAAGCUGUAUGUUCGACACAACAGUCGGCAGCUGAGCAGGGUUUACCCAUCAGGCCAGAGGUUACAGUCCUCCAACUACGACCCCCAGGACAUGUGGAACGGAGGCUGCCAGAUGGUGGCUCUGAACUUCCAGACCCCAGGAGAGCAGAUGGACCUGAACCAGGGCCGCUUUCUGCCCAACAGCCGCUGCGGAUAUGUGCUCAAACCUGACUUCCUGUGUCACCCGAAGUCCAACUUUGGCCCUGAGAACACGGGUGGAGGACCAGGACAUAUACCCACACAGCUUACCAUACGGGUGAUCUCGGCCCAGCAACUUCCUAAAAUAAACACAGACAACCCCAACUCCAUUGUGGACCCACAGGUCUGGGUGGAGAUCCAUGGAGUUUCCAUCGAUAAGGCUCGUGCUAAAACCCAGCGCAUUGACAACAAUGGUUUCAACCCUCGUUGGGACUGUACUGUGAGCUUUCAGCUGCAGGUGCCUGAACUGGCCUUGGUGCGUUUUAUGGUGGAAGAUCACGACUACAAAUCCAAAAAUGAUUUCAUUGGCCAGUUCACCCUCCCUUUCACCAGCCUUCGAACAGGUUAUCGUCAUGUUCACCUGCUAAAAGCUGACGGCUCUAGUCUUUCUCCUGCCACCCUCUUCAUCCAUGUCAAGGUGGUACGGCGAGGAGUUCCUAUUAAAACCGUUUCUGAGCGCAUAGGCAAGGCCUGAGGCUUCUGUCGUGAUUCCUGGAAAUGUUUAUUUCUGGAAGUACCUUACUGAAGGAGAAGUCCCUGAGCCGGGCUCUCGAGGUGCUGGGACUCUUCAGAAUGAGACCACAUGAAAAAGCAUGUGACAUUGGACAUACAAGCACCACAGUCUGCAGAAAGUCAGUGUAGACGUGUGAUUCAAAGUGCAUUUUGCUUUUUUAUUGUUCAUUUGUGGUGUUGUCUGCAGAGCAGAAUGUCUAACCGUGUCAUAGAAGUGUUAUCGUGGAAACUAAAUAUGCUAUGAAGUCAGUAUUGUUUGAAGUUACAAGUCAGUGUUGUUUAUAGAGUCUGUUUCCAUUGAGACCGAUUUCUAUUGAGUCUGUGUCUCUGAAAACGUAACACAUUUUAUGAAAAUGUAAUAUUUUAAUUGAACUUAAACUAGUCUUUACAUGCUGGACUAGAAUUAUAUGUACAUGUAGACAGAAAUUAGCUGUCUUUAAUAUUUUUUGUAGUUUAAAUCUUGCCGUUUUGUUGGUGGUUUUGAUAUGCUGAUUACUGACAGCAAGGUGAAAAAAGUGUAAAAAAAACAUUUGGAAAGAAUACUGGAAGCAUAGCAAGUAUACAUAGCAAGUAUAUGGAAGGUUUAGUAAGAGUAAUGACUAUUUUUGUGCAACACCAACUGCGAUUCAGCAGUAUAUUAGUAAUAAGAAAUCAGUAAUUAUCAGUAAUUAAGUAAUCAGAGUAGUAAGAUACUUGUGGAAAAUAAUAAUAAUAUAUUAAUACAAUUAAUGUCAUAAAAAUAAAAUAUAAGAAAUGUUUUUAAACAGCUACCACUAAUGAUGAAAUCUAUGUUUAACCAUGUUUGGGACAGAUUUUAUCAUUAAAGCUAAAAGCAAGCACUGAAAAUGUUCAGUGUUGUAGGAUGUUCAAAUUUGGUCAAAUUACACAACUUCACCAGUGCUGCUUUAAUGAAGACACAGGCAACAAUAGCACUUGUCGCUAGAUACUCCGUUUCAUAUCCAAGUUUGUUAAGGAGUCCUAUUAUGCUUUUUCACUUUUUCAACUUUAGUUAGUCUGUAAUGUU